CUGUGCUAUUCGGGCCCAGUAUUCCUCUUCGUGGAGUUAAAAACUGGCGGGAAGCAAUGGAAUACACAAACAUAACAUCUAUUUUUUUUCGCAAGAUAAAUGCCUCAAAUACACAAAAUUUAAAACUUAUUUGAAUGGUUUGAAUUAUUCGUAAGCUCCAGCAAUUGAUAUAAGACAAGAUGGAUGAGAUUUCUUCACUAAAACGCGAGUUAAAAUGCUGGGAAAGUAUGUUCGAGAGGAAACAUGGCCGAAAACCAGACAAGGAUGACGUGAAUAACGCUUCCGAAGAGAUCAGAGAUACAUACAAAAAGUACAAACAUUUAAAGGAGCAAAACAUGAAGGUUGCUGAUCCCGAGAAAGAAAACAUAAAAGAAUCUGUGAAAAAGGCUGAAGAUGAUGAUGUUUUUGGGUCAAACCUGAACAAGAAGCGCACUACGACCCUCCAUUCCCCAGCAGUGAGGAUAAAAAGCGAAUGGGCUAAUAUCAAGCCUGUCAGAUUAUGCCAUGGCCAAAGACCCAGGAAAGCUUCAAAGGACAACAAUGAAGAAUCAGUUGAAAGGGAUGAAUUGAUCACAAAACCAAGCAAAUCUCCAUCGCAGUCAAGCCUUGAUUCUAGUGUGGAUGAGUUAAAAAUUCCCCUGGUUAAGAUCCUUUCUAAGACUCCUGGACCAAGCAUUUGCACUCCAAGUUUCACUGGAAGCUUCAAAAAGAAAUCUGCAAGUGCUAAUAUAUCAAGACUUAAGAGAAAAGCAUCCCUUUUCUCUGACAGCUUGAAAAAGAUAGACUUUGAUAUGGAUAAAGAACUUGAAAAUGAAAACAGUAAUAAAAAUCAGAGAAAGAGAAGCUCAGAUGACGAAGGCGCUAGUGGGGAAUUGGAUGGUAAACAUAACUUGAAUGUAAUAAAUUCAUCUAAGGUUACAAUGGAGCCAAAGGAUGAUAUGUUAGAGAUAAAUAUGGACACAUCAGUAGAGACAGCCACAGAAGGAAGGAAUGAAAAACACAUGCCAUCUGCAAGGGAAAUACUGCCAGAUUCAAAUGACAAUGAUAAAUUAAAUUAUAUAAUCAACAACACAAAAGAAGAUACCUUUAUUUCCCCAAGAAAUCCACCAGAAAACACAAGUAAGGCUUUUCCUGAGGAAAUCAAGAGGAAUAUAGAUGAAAGUGAGAUGGAUUAUGAUAAAGGUAUAAAUUUGAAGCAGGAUGAAGCUAGCACAAAUUGCUCAGAGGUUGCUACCAAAAGUAAAAAGCGAAAGAAGGAAGUAGAAGAUGAGAACUCAUCAGUGAAGAAAAAACUGAAAUCUGAGAAUUUGAUGACACAGGAUGACACAGGAACACCUGAAGAGCUUCAGUCUGGUAUCGAUGAGGAUGAGGAAGAUUCACACAAUGAACCAACUGACACAUUUGAACCUGAGAAAAUUAGGAAAACCUCAAAAGCAAGCUCAGGGUCAUCAGGCCUAGUUAGUGAGAACUUUCGACUUCUUGACAUGAAGCACAAGUCCUACCGUCGCCGUGGACAUGGGAUGACAGGCGGAGCCUACAAGCGCAAGGCUUAUGCCAAUAUCAUGAAGGCGAGGGGGGAGUAUGUCAGCAAGUCCAGCUGGUCCCGCAGGGGAGGGGGAGGGACAAGACGUGGAGGGUUUGGCAGUGGUUGGGGUGGAGGGCAAGCAGGCACGUGUUUCAAGUGCGGCCAGGAGGGACACUGGGCCAAGAACUGUAGGGGAAGCAAAGCUCAGAAGGAACUGCCUGAUGAAAAUGAUGAAAACUUAAAGGAAUUUGCACCAGAGGAUGAUGAGUUCCUCAAGAAUCUUUCAUUAGACACUGUCGCCCAAAUGGCUGCUGGAAUACCUGUGGAGACAGGUAACCCAAGUGAAUCAGACACACCUGGCACAAGUGAUGUCCUUCUACCCCAUCAAUUGCCACGCCCAGUCUAUGUUCCGCCCCCUCCCCCGCCAGCCAUUGAGCCAAUCUACCAGCCUUGCAAUGGCAAACCUCCAAAGACCCCACCAGAGGUGUACAAAGCACUUGGUCAGUUGGGUUUCUCGUCAUUCCGUGCAGGACAAGAGCAAGCUGUAAUGCGCAUUCUUAGUGGAAUGUCGUCCCUUGUGGUGCUAUCUACAGGUGCCGGCAAAUCACUGUGUUAUCAACUUCCCGCCUACAUGUACCACAAGCGAUCACCCUGUCUGACGCUCGUUAUCUCACCACUUGUCUCUCUCAUGGAGGAUCAGAUCACUGGACUGCCGUUUGGCCUCAAAGGCGCUUGUCUGCACAACAACCAAACGAAACCCCAGCGUCUCAAGAUCCUCACGGAUAUUACGGCGGGGAAGGUAGCGGUACUCCUGGUGUCGCCGGAGGCUCUAGUGGGCGGGGGAAUGGGCGGAAGUGGGUGUCUUCCGUCCAGUACCAAGAUGCCUCCUAUUGCUUUUGCGUGUAUCGACGAGGCGCAUUGUUUGUCUGAGUGGUCACAUAAUUUUAGGCCUUCGUACCUACGCGUUUGUAAGAUCCUACGAGAUCGUUACGGCGUGCAAUGCUUUCUGGGACUAACAGCUACUGCCACGCAAUCGACCGCUGACUCGGUCGCACAGCAUCUCGGGAUAGCUGACGCGGGCGCAGUAAUCCGUGGAGCUGCAGUGCCGCCCAACCUCCGUCUAUCCGUGUCACGUGACCGCGAUAAAGAUAAGGCAUUAAUCGAGCUCCUCCAGGGCCCCCGGUUCUCUAGGUGCGAGUCCAUCAUCAUCUACUGUACUCGGCGCGAGGUCACCGAGCGCGUCGCCACGCUCAUUCGAACCUGCAUGCAGCACAUGCAGCCAACAAUCAGACACGAUGACGUCAUAUCCGGUAGUGACGUCACGCCUGGGAAAAAGGGAGCCAAUAAAAAACGCAAAAAGCAGCCCGUCCGUGCACCGUUAUCCUGGGAGGCGGAGAGCUACCAUGCGGGCAUGUCUGCCGCUCAACGACGCAAAGUCCAGAAGCGCUUCAUGUCAGGAGAGCUGAGAGCGGUAGCAGCCACGGUGGCGUUUGGAAUGGGCCUGGAUAAGUCGGACGUCCGGGCCAUUAUACAUUACAACAUGCCCAAGAGCUUUGAGAGCUACGUGCAGGAGAUAGGGCGCGCAGGGAGGGACGGGAAGCCUUCACAUUGUCACGUGUUUCUUGACCGUGAGGGUCAGGAUCUUUGUGAGUUGAGACGUCAUAUCUUCUCGAACACAGUCGACCGAGUGACUGUUAAACGGCUGGUUAACCGCAUCUUUCCACGCUGCGACUGUAAGAAGCUGCAAAGAGAACAGUCUAAGCGUCAAGACCACCACAAUCAGACCCUCGCAAGAGAAGACCUCCGCAGGGAAAAUACGUACAGUGGAUCGGAUGGCGGAUCCGUCGCUAGAGAUGAGGGUCACCUUGCUGAAAAGGAAGGCGAAGGGGAAGCUGACAGACGGAAUGGAAACCAAACAGUGGAGUCACAAGCAUGUGCCCCUUCCUCGGUUGACCCCUCAGCAUUGGGCGUGGCCUCUGACUACCAUACGGAGGGUAUGGAGGAGGAUUUUCCCCUUGAUGAAAUCCUUUGCGGCGACCCUGAACAAGCUAACGUGGAAACAAAACAGCCGAACCGUGUAUGCGGCGGUCAUGAAGUUGCUAUAGUUACAGAGACAGCAGUCGAGGAAUUAGACAUGCGCGAGGAAAGCAUCGCUACGUUACUGUGCUAUCUUGAGCUGCACGGGAACCGCUGGGUCGAGGUACUGUCAACCGUCAAGUCCAUGUGCACCAUUAAGUUCUACGGUGGCUAUGCGCACAUGAAAGCCGUCGCAAAGCGAAUACCACCGAUUGCUGCAGCGUUAUUGCAAAGCGGGAGCAGCACAAAGAAACAGAAUUAUCUGAAAUUCUCAGUGGUCCAGCUGGCAGACAAAAUGGGCUGGGAUCUGGAACCGGUCUCUUCGGAGCUCAGAGCUCUUCAGUGGAACUCUUCAUUGGCCCCGACAUCGGACAUGGGGUCAACCGGACAGAGUGGAAUACUGGUAGAGUUUUCGGACCUAUCACUACGAGUGCGCGCGCCCGGGGAUCUAACAGACGAGGAACGUGAUCAGGUUGUGGAUUUCCUGGACGAUCGAAUCCAAGCGGAGGAGCGGACACAGCUAGAGCAGUUGACCACUUUGUACUCCUCCCUUAAAGGCGUAUCCUGUGGCGGGAUCGUCCAGUGCAUGGAUGAAAUGGACGAGGACGCGGACGUAGAGCUCAAGACGAUCAUCAAGAAAUACUUCGACGACAGAACAAAUGCGACUGAGAAAGCUCUCCGAGAUAUCCAGGAGCGGAGAAACAACCCUGACGCAUACGCGCCGAAACCGGAAAAUAGCGAUGACCUCGUGAACUGGGACUGCGUUUCACGUGACAUUCGGACACUCCUUGGCAUCCACCAUGAUCACUCGUUCACAGGCCGCGCUGUCGCGAGGAUAUUUCACGGUAUAGACAGCCCGUGCUACCCGGCGGCAGUCUGGGGGAGAGAUAGACGAUUCUGGAGAAAGCAUCUGAACGUUGAUUUCAACAGACUUAGAAAAUUUGCGCUUAGGGAGUUGCUCAAAUUCCGCUAGGACGCAUAUUGGUAAACAGUCCUUUUUUCCAUCAUUUGUUUUUCCAUCUUAUCAAAUCCGUACCUCCAAACUAAGAUAACUGGAUAUGUAGACACACUAAUGUUACAUAAAUAUUUAUCGAGAGAAGACAGCAACUCGGAAAUUGAGUUUAAAUUAAUUAAAUAAUUUGUUAUUUGUGA